GCUUUCCGGUGAUUUGAUGCAAAGUAGUCAGAUGGUGACUCAGUUAUCCAGCCCAUCUUCAUAUUCUUAUGAAAAUGAUUUUCUCAAGGAUACAAAGAGGAAAUUUCUUACUGAUAUUAAGAAUUGCAUAGAUGCUACUACUUGCAUUACUUAUGGAACUGUAAAAUCCAUCGAAAGUAAAUGCAACUGGUGGUACAAGUCCUGUAAGAAAUGUCCAUAUUCAGUGUGCGAAGAUUUUGAGAAAUGGUAUUGUAAGAACUGUCAAAAACAUUGGAAUGAAUAUACUCCGAAGUUCAGUGUUCAAGUCAGAGUUGUUGUUAACACGGAUUCUGCUUCUUUCGUACUAUUUGAUAGAGACUGUCUUUCUUUAUUAGGAGUGAGUGCUGCUGAAUUGCGCGAGCAACAUUUUAAGCGGGGUGCAGAUUUAGAACAUUAUCCGGAAGAGUUGAACGUUCUUAAAGAUAGAUCUAAGUUGUUUAAAGUGAAUGUCAAAAUUAGCAAUUUGAACUCAUACAAUGAGCCAAAAUAUCAUGUGGCCAAAGUUUGCAUCAGUGAAAGUAUUAUCACAUCAUUUCUGAAGACCACGGAUGAUUCUGUAUUUGACAGUCCUUCUGAUGAUAAUAUUAUGUCGAUAGGGUCAGGAAAAGCUGUGGAUGUUCAGAGCCAAACCUGUGAUAGUACUGAUGAUGCUGAUAUUUCUCUCACUUUGUUGUCACCGUUCUUGAAUUUUGAUGCUGCAGCCGGUGACACUUUGGAGCAGAAAGAAAAUCUGUAA